GCUUUGCUCACUGCAGUAACAUCUCAACACAUAGAAAUCCACGAAGGAACAGUGCUACAGGCUGUAAGAACAUGUUACAAUAUCUAUCUAGCAAGCAAAAAUCUUAUAAAUCAAACCACAGCCAAGGCCACUCUAACACAAAUGCUGAAUGUCAUCUUUGCACGUAUGGAAAAUCAAGCACUUCAGGAAGCCAAACAGAUGGAAAAGGAAAGACACAGACAGCAACACCAUCUACAGCAGUCUCCAGUAAGCCAUCAUGAGCCUGAGUCACCUCAGUUGAGACAUAUUCCAACACAGACUGAUCAGCUGUCCAAAGAACAUGAGAGAGAGCUUGACCAUAGCACAAAUGAUCUGGACAAGAACCUUCAAGAAGAUAUAGAGACAGAAAAUGGAUCUGAUAUUUCUAGUGCUGAAAAUGAACAGACAGAAGCUGACCAAGCCACAGCAGCAGAAAAUCUUUCUAAAGCUGAUGGAGGAACAUAUGAUGAUGAAAGCAAUGAGUGUGAAGAGAAGGCGCAAGAAAUUGUAGAAAGUAUUGUGCAGGAAAUGGUGAACAUAGUAGUUGGAGAUGUGGAAGGGACUGCUGAAAGUGCACGUGGUGAUGGCACAAUUGUAACAUUAGAGGGUGGCAGUGACAGUGAAAACAUCCAGGCAAAUGGAAUACCAGGGACUCCAAUUUCUGUUGCUUAUACACCAUCUUUACCUGAUGACAGAUUAUCUGUCUCUUCCAACGAUACUCAG